UCCGGCAUGGCGGCGGCGGGGGGAGCGGAGCCCGGCGGCGGCGGCGAUGGCGGCGGCGGCGGCGCGGGCCUGGCCCUGGCCCUGGCAGAGGGCGGCGCCGGGCGGGCGGCCCGCGUCGGGGACCCGGGGGACCUGGUGGCCCUGGCCCGGCAGCUGCAGCAGGCGGGUGACUUCGUCCGAGCGAACGCCUGCAACCGCCUGACCGUCAUCGCCGAGCAGAUCCGGUAUUUGCAGGAGCAGGCUCGGAAGGUAUUGGAGGAAGCUAACAGAGACGCUGACCUGCACCACGUGGCCUGCAACUUUGUGAAGAAGCCAGGAAACGUUUACUACCUGUAUAGGCGGGAGAGUGGCCAAAGAUACUUCUCCCUCCUGUCUCCUAAGGAGUGGGGGACCAGUCCCCACGAGUUUCUCGGUGCCUAUAAGCUCCAGCAUGACAUGUCCUGGACUGCGUUUGAGGACAUCGAGAGGCGAGAUGCUGAAAUAAACAUCCUGGACAAGCUGCUGAGCCGGCAGGCGGUGCUGCCCCCGUGUACAGAGCCCAACUUCCAGGGUCUCACCAAGUGAUGCGAACUGUGGUGACCACGCGGGACCUCUGAGCAGAUGGGCAGUGUCUGGGUGCUGCCAAAGGCAGGGCAAGGAAAGAGACCAGGAAACAAACAUGCUGAUGCUGCAAGUACUUGCUCUGCGCUUUAAUGAGACUAAUUCUGAAUUCAGUCUUACUGGA